ACAUUAAACACUGGAUACCACUACGGUUAGCGUCCGGUGUCUCUGCCAGGGUCGGCUGCGCUGAAGGGACGGGUGGCGGGAUACCGUUCUGCCCGUAACAACUCGGUUGUUCAUUAUCAUUGUUACACUUUUGCUAAUCGUUCGAUUUGGCCAUUUCACCCUCUACUUAUAUUUGCUGAUAUUUGGAUACAGUAUUGUCCUGCGGUAGUGUUGCGACGCGUUUCCCUCGGUUUUUAAAGAGUUUAACGAAUCGGUUCGAUAAUAACAUGGUUUGAAAUCACCAAGUGACGAAGUACUGUGUCCGCAAAUUGCGUUUAAAAUUGAAAUGUCCACUUAACAAUAGCUCGCCGGACACUACUGGACAGUUAUGAUAAACUAUUUAAUAUUGUUUAUAGCAAUACUCGGGCAUCGACCAGUUGAUGUCUACGCUGAUUGCCUGGACAAUAAUGGCCGGAUCGUUGGUGAGGGAAAACAAUACAUUCCUGGUCCAGACACUUGCACCCUUUGUGUAUGCGAUAACUCUAUAGCUAAAUGGUGUCAGGCUGUACUCUGUUCCCCUCCACAGGAUUGCAAGUCAUUUACUGUUGGAAGUAUUUGCUGUGAAUUCAACUGUUUAGAUGAAUCCCUCAAAGGUGAUAAUAUCAAUGCCAGAUCAAUUGCCAGUACUGUUACGGCCUUUUUGUUUUUUAUACUCAUUGUUUUUCUCAUUAACCGUUUACACAAAAGAAAUAUUAUGGCAACUGGAGAAGUAUUCAGUGAUUCCAACUCACCUCAAAUGGGCGAGAGUGUUCGUGGGAUUGGGUUUAUUAGUGGCUACAUGAAUUUCCAAAGACCUAUAAGUACUAAUUUAUAUUAUGGUGAUCAUGCAACUCUUCAUAUACCCUUAUGGAAGACAUAUUAUCCACGUGGUGAUGCACCUCCACCAUAUGAUGAAGUUAUUGCACUUCCUCACCAAAUACCCCAACAAUUUAAUGGAUUAGUAGAUGAAGUUCCUACUUAUCACAGGACCAUACCAGUUACCUUGAAUGAAAUUGAACAAAGUGUUCAGUCAAAUACUUGUGAUCCGGAGACUGAAACAUCUGCUAUGCAGUGUUUAGUGCAAAAUGAGCACAUAAAUAAAGAAGAACAUAUAUGUAAUGAUAAAAUAUCCACAGUUUCUAAUGAUGAUUUCCGAGAAGAAUGUGAAAAUUGUAAGAAUGAUCAAGAACUUGCUGAAGGGUAUAAUGAUGCUUUUCCAGAACCAGAAACUAUGACAUUAGAACGACGACCACAAUUAACACAUGAACAUACAGUGGAUGGGAUUGAACCACGUUCGUCAAUGACAUUACCUGGUGAUGGAAGACUGCGCAGGUCUCAUGUUGGAAAUAUGAAAGAUAACCAUAGAGAUGGGUGGUUCAAAGAUACUAGUUUAAAAGAAGAUUCAACUUCUGAUGAUGAUCAAAUAUAAAAAAAAAUUAAUUUAAUGUUAUUAUGGGUAUAAAUAAAUUAUGGUAUGAAUAUUAUCACUGAUAAUAUUAUAUAAGUAUGAAAUCUUUAGUAUCAUCUACAAUUUUGACAAAGAAUUUGGUUAAUUAAAAUCACAAUAAUGGGAAACAUUUAAUGAACUAUACUAGUCAAAAUUCUUUAUUACCAAUAAUAAUUAAUUAUAACACAUUUCUGAUAAAAAAUAAUU